GCCGCGGCACUUCCGGCGGGGCGCUGAGGGCGGAGGGAGGGGCGGGAACAGCCUCCGCCGGAGCAGCAGCCCGCUCCAGUCGAGCCGGCGGAGCGGAGCUGAGAGGAGGCUGCUGCCGCUGCGGCGGGUGUCGUCGGGCUCCUUCUCUCGCCUUCCCCCCACCACCACCCCCGCCAUGGCGGUGGACGCGAGGCGGCUGGAGGGCCUCAGCCUCCACCAGCUGAACGAGCUGCUGGAAGACGAGGAGCAGCUCCAGCGCAUGGCCGGAGAGAUGGAGGAGGCCCAAAAUGUUCAGCUUACCAAGGACAUGACCCUUGCCAGCAACCGUAGCCUGGCUGAAGGCAACCUUUUAUACCAGCCAAAGUUGGAUGCCCUGAAGGCUGCACUGACGCAGAAGUACCAGGAGCUGCAAGUUAUCUUCGAAGCAUAUCAGAUGAAGAAAACCAAGCUAGACAGACAAUCCAGCAAUGCUUCCCUGGAAACCUUGCUAGCGCUGCUUCAGACGGAAGGGGCGAAGAUUGAAGAAGACACGGAGACCAUGGCCGAGAAGUUCCUGGACGGGGAAGUUCCGCUGGACACCUUCAUUGACGAAUAUCAAAGCCAAAGGAAACUGGCUCACUUGCGGCGUGUGAAGAUCGAGAAACUCCAAGAGAUGGUGCUGAAGGGACCCCGACUCCCCCCGGCACCCCCUCAGCCCCGAGCGAUGGAGACGCCCUCGGCGCUUCAGACUUCCGAGGCCAGCACCCCUCCUUCGGUGGUGCCCCGCCGCCACCCACCCCUGCCGCCCCCUGUGGCAUCAGCAUCGGUCCCAGCAGGGCGCUUCCCUACCCCAUUUACAGCAGCGAUGAAUGUGGGGCCAGCCCUCCCUUACCCAAGCGGCCCCUACCCACCUCUCCCCCCACGAACAGGAGUUCCGCCUACGAGUCAAAUGCCACCGCCGGGAUACCCCGCUCAGUUUGUGCCCCAGUACCCCCCAGCGCUGCCCCAAAGACCACCGCCUCGCCUCCCACCCAACCCUGGCUUUAUCCUUCAGUGAAGACGCCAUCAUGCCCUGACUCGCAUAUCGGUGCUGUCCUCCUUACUCCUUUUCGCUCCCUGAGACUUGACCGAAGCAGUGGGAAACCUCCAGGGCGUUGCACACGAGUAGAAAAAACCCCAGGCUUGACAACGGGUGAAGCAUCGGUGCAUUCUACAAAUGUGACCAUGUUUAUUCUCCUCCCCCCCCCCACUGAAAGGGACACAACAUCUGCAUAAAACUCAUGGUGGGACAGCUGGAAUCUGUAAACUUGGUGAGGGGUCUCCUUUAGAAGAGGGGAUUUGCCAAGCCCUUGAGAGACACAUUUCAGCCAACAUGGAGCCUGCUGUCCUUCACGGGAUCUCGUCUCCUCAACUACUUGAUUUGAGCACAGUGAACUGUGAACUACCGAUUCCACAAAACCCAUCUCCGUUUGGAUAUUCGAAUGGCAGCUGUGGCACAGGUGUUCCGACUACAAAAAGCACCGUGGAAACUCCCUUUUGAACGGCUUGGCAGCCUCGUUGCUUGUGGGACGCGAAUGAGUGUGGAGUUCAGUUUCGCUAGUUGACAGUGGUGUUAGCACCUGAUUGGGGUGGGGUGGCUCUCCCCAGGUCGCUGCAAGUCCCGUUUGUUUUGCUGGGCCCUUGAAUUGCCUUCUUAAAGAACGUGUGUGUGUGUGUGUUGUGGUGGGGUGGGGGGAGAUUAGGGGACAAUUUUCCUCUUACACAUAACCUCCAGAAAGUCUCAGGAUUUAAAAAAGUAAUAGUGAAUUGAAAUUGUUUCUUGCUUUGGGUAGUUUGGCCAUCCCUUCCACAGCUUGUGCCACUGGAGAGGCCUCCUGCCGCUCCCUCGCCUGCUUCCUGCCCCCCCCCACUCUCACCACCCCCCUUGAAUACCACUUGUCUAGGAGGUGCUGGAACGCCACCUCUUGCUCCUAAGUUCCCCUGCCAUGAAAGCAAGAGACGCUUCCAAAAGCCUUCGCUUCUCCUGCCUUUGCACUUCUUGGGUAAGGUCUGUCAAGUAUGCGUUUGAUGCAUCUUGCUUUAGCCCAUGUGACUUCUGCCCAAUUUGGUGGCCAGUCGGCAUUCUUCCAGUCUAUAUUCCUACCAUCUCCCGACCCCAAGCCAAAGGCCCCUUGCUACUGGUACCUUCCUAUCUGCCACCUCUUAGGCCAGGAGAGGGCCUUUCUCCUCCUCCUGUAACCUUCUGUUCCUUUCUGAAAGUGGAAGAACUGCUUCCUUAAGAGGUCUCAUUUGAGACUGCUGUUCCCGGUAUGGUCAUGGCCUCUUGGGUUUCCCCCCCAUAACUUUUUGCAGUCAUGAUGGCUUCCAAGUUUGAAAUUGCAAAUGCUGCUUUCGGCUUUCCAGGGGCUGGCUCUCGGUCCUAUACAAUUUGCGACAGAAUUGAAAAGCUGCUAAAUGGACUAUAAACAUCCCCCCCCCAUUGUAUAGGGGGUUCCUUCAAAGAGUCUGCUAGAGGGUAGACUAUUUUGGAGGAUUAACCCAUUUCACACCAUGGCUCACUUGGGAUUUUGAGUCGUCCCUGGAUUUCCAGAAGCAUGGAACUCUGAAAUGCCUCGGGGUGGGGGUGGGGGCUUUUGGGGCUGCCCUUGAAUUUGGGAGGAGAUACGCGGAGCCUGAAUAUUUCAGGGGUUUGUUCCAUGUUCCAAGCCGAGGACACCUUGUUGGAUUGCAGGGCCUUGCAGCGUCUCAGAACAGAGCUUUCGGAAACCUGGAAAGAAGCAAAUGGGAAAAUCAGUGGGAAGAACAGAAGGUGGAAUCCAUUGACGUACGUGUCAUCUUGCAGUAUGACUCUAUGAGAGGGCGGUGGGUUGUGGGGAGCUCAAAUGGUAUUUCUGUUUCUUUGUGUUUACUUCCCAUCAUAGUGCCUUUCAGGGACCGCUCGUUUGAUACAAAGGCUAUGAAAUCAUGUAGGCUGAAUGCAGAUAGAAAGUUGUGCUGUCUUCAGUAGCUGGGAGAAUUCCCUUGUGUGUUGUCGAAAGAUGCAUCGUUAAGGCUGUUGGAGUUGGCAUGGCUUGCAUACUGGCAGCCGUAAUGCAACUCUUGGAAGUUGUGCCUCUUUUGCAAGUGGCAAAAGAAGGAAUGUUGCUUCUCAAGUUGAGUAAGAGGCUCAAGUCUGGCAUCAAGGCAUCAAGGCACUGUAUGGUGGAGGCAAGCACUCUUCCAAAAGAACCAGGUAGUCACAAAGGCAUCUGGGUGACGGACUUCUUCUAUAGAGCUUUAACUCUCACCCUCCAGUGACAGAGAUGUGGAAUUUGUCUUGCUUGGUCCGAAGUAAUGAAUAUGACUGGCAAACGUGCGUCUAGCGUAAUAGAUCCUUUUCCCGCUUCUUGUUUGCACUUCUUAGCCCAGCCAGGAAACUGGGUGGCAGGAGUUGUAGCCACUAGGGAUCUGCAGGUCACUUUGGGUAUUAUGCUGAUGGGGUGGCAAGAGAGUAUCCAGCCACCCAGUGCCGGAGGGGAAAGCGUGGCGGGGGAGGUAAGAGCCCCCUCCCCAUGCCUUAAAGGAGCCCCCACCUUCCAGGUACGCACAGAGCCGGUUCCGUGCACACCCCUAGUAGCCAUUAAUCCUGCCCCAAUGGCUGAGCAAGGUCUUUUCGUGCAGCAAGAAAGCUGAUCGGGCUGUGGGACUGAGAAGAGGCCAGCCAGACCCGUCGUGCUGGUGACUAGGUGUUGAAAGCAUUGGGAUGGGAGAGCCAAAGGUCCACCAAAUGGGAUGGCCAGGAAAGCAUCCAUCAGGCUCAAGUGCCACAUUAUUCCAUUCAGGCAGCACAUCUCUUAAAAUAUGGCGAGCAAAGCUGCUCCCGGCAGCAUGUCCACAUCUGGAGCGGGGGAGGCGAGGUGAGGCUGGGUGUUGUCCCUUCAGCCCUGUAGCCUCAUGAGGAGGAGGAGGAGGAGGAGGGAGAAACAGGCAGCCACACUUCUAAGGAGGCUGUACGACCUAUAGAGAGCAAAUGUGGAAGUGUGAAUUGGUUGGAUCGGUGCAUUCAUUUUCAGCCUGCCUGAAUGUAAACUCCCAGUUAAUCUCUUAAUGUAACUUUCUUGAACAGUUGCCAAUGGAGACUUCCCCACCUGCUCCCCAACAGUCUCCCCACCUUCCCUGCCUCUUUCCCCACCUUCUUCCUACCAGUCUGCAGCGGACACGUUACCCUUUGGCGACAGAAGCAAAGCUUUUGCCAGGUUUGUGCAACCCAGUUCGGCCAUGAAGGGAUCGGAACCGAGUCUCUGUCUGAGCACUUCUGAUCUGGGUCCCUGUCUGUGCAUUUCAAGGAUGACUGAAAAGAGCGAAAUGCAAACCUCUCUGGCCGGGAGGCCCCUUUCUUCAAGCCAUAAUAGUGUGGAUUGGUGAAAAGUUGGAAAUGUUUCCCUUUCACAGGUCUGACUUGGUGCCUGCCAGCAAACUGCCAGGCACAUUGAUCUUGGAACAGGAUGUGUUGCUGUCUGAAAAUGGAACUCUGAGCCAAGAUCAGUAGGGCCUGACUCUUUGGGCCCUGGUGUGGGGACUCGCUCCUCCAAUGUAGACGUGGGGCUUAUGAAAACCUUCAGAAAAUCUGAUGCCCAGAGGCUUGCUGAUGAACCCAGCCUGGGACCUCUUCAGUACUCUGUGGACGGCACGUGACUUUUCUCUUCCUUACAAAGCAACAUAUCCUGGUAUUUGCUUACCACUGUGUACCCAUUAUAAUUUCCUUCUGGCACGGUGAACUGUGAGUUGGUUUAUCCUUUUGACUUUGUGUGCUGCUAAUGGUGGAGUGUAAAAGCUUCAGGCAUCAAGGCUUGGGGAACUGGCUUUGGGUUCCUUCAGAAGUCAGCGGUGGUUCUUCAUAAAGGAUGCUUCUUGCCUGACUCACCAAAGACACAGAGGUGAUCCCGUGAGUCACUCCAGUGUCCAAAGACAUGUGUCAAGUUUGGUUGCAUGACUUAAGAUGGAGAUGGAGCCACCUUCUGGCUCACGGGUCUGUCUCAAAACUGGUUGUGUUGCUUAUGAUGAUGAGUCAUUCAAAUGACAAUUUGGGGUGAGAGGCUGCUUCUUGCAUUCUUCUAAGGGUUGAUUCGCAACUCCUGGUAGCUUAGUCACAGGGGCGUCUUGGAGCCAGCUGUGUGUGAAAUGCAAGACUCUAAAGCAGGGUGGCCAAUUGAAGGCUCUCUAGCUGCUGGACUACAAAUCCCACCAUCCCUUGCCACAUUUUACUGCAGCCAGGGAGGAUGGGAGUUGUAGUCCAACAGCAGCCAGAGAGCCUUGGGUUGACCAUCCCUGAUCUAAAGAAUGCAAGAAUUUGCACCACCAUCCCUCCCUUGCUUUAGAAUUCAUCUUUUUAUAUCCCUCGGUGGCAGACAGGCCUCUUCUUGAUGCUUGCUUAUAACUUUAUCUGAUGCCUGCCAAACCAAGAUGGGUACCAAUUGUGUCUUCCUGCCGUGUUUUAUAAUGCUUUCCCUUUGAUUAAAAAAAGGAUUUGUUCUCCUGGUUCUCCCACACCUGCCCCCUUACACAUCCAAAAGUAAAAUUUCAGAGCCUGCUGUUGCCCAAAUAGGCUGAGGGGCCACCCAGACUUGGCCUUGUGACUUUUGAUCAGAGCCUCCUUGAACUGCAACUGCGAGGGCUUGUCUACACUGCCUGGCUUCUCCCUAAGGACCUCUGGGAAUUGCAAUACAGGGAGAACAUUAAAGGGUGUCAGAAGUCCUGGUGUGCUCUCAAGAGUCCCCGGCUUCUGGGUCAGGAGCUACGGCAGGCAGACUUAAAACCACUUGCGUUGCUGACGUUCGGUGUCGCCUUAGUCUGUAACCAGGGACAUUUUUGCAAAUCUGUUCUUCUCUGUUCUAGGUGCUGAACUAGCAUUUGGAAUGCACAGGACACAAUGCCAUAAGCCCAGUUGUGGAUUUUACACUGCAUAUUUCCAUACUUAAGUGUCUGGGGACUGAUAUUGCCCACCUGUUUCUAUCAGGAAAUAGCCCAAAAAUGUAUGUGUGUUUUUAAAAAAAUAAUGCCUUUUUAAAAAAAAAAACACUCCUUUGCAAUUGCUGAAACCAUUCAGGGAUACCUCAUGCAGGAAAGAACCACACUACAACCAGCUGCCGUGAGGAGAGUCCCCCCCCCACCCAGCCAGGAGCAAUGCAUCAUGGUAGACGAGUGACUGGCGCGUGCCUUAGGAUCACUGUUUGUGACUUGUUGAGAGGAGAGACCCGCAUAUCUUUCAGCUCAGCGGCCAUUUGAUUGUCUCUGUUCCAAGGGCUCCUUUUUCCUACUUCAGGGGUUUUUGAACAAAACCCAAGGCAGUAUCUGCUAUUUGCUUGCUUGUCAGCCGUGAGACGUUAGACCAGUGGCGGGACCUAGUUUGCUGAGGAAGACUCUGCUCUUUGAGUCUGAAGUGGCAACUAGGAAAAAAAGAGUCACAGGGCGGCUGAGCUGGCUGGACUUGUGCCCACUCCUGCCCUGGGCAUUGCCAACUGCUGGCACGGCUGAGAAAAUGCUGGAUCAACUCUUCUUGCCUGUGAGUGGCAGAAAAAAAGGCCCUAGCGUGUGAGUCGCCCUUGUGUAUAAAGGCCUACUUCUGCUUCAGUUUUGGAGGGCAGAGGGGGAGGUUUCUGGCGAGCGCCUCCUUGCCAAGGACCACAAGUUUCAUAUGGAGCAGAGCUGGGGUGGGGUGGCCCUCCAGAUGAUGUGGAACCUCAGCUCCCACCAUUGUGGCUGGGGGCAAGGGGAGUUGGAGGUCAUCGUCAUCUGGAGGGCCACGUUUGCCCAGCCCCGAUGCAGAACAGGGGUUCCCAACCUGCGGUGCCCCAGAUGAUGAUGAUGAACUACAACUCCCAACAUCCCCAACUGCAGUUUAUUGUGCCUGGGGAUGGUGGGAGUUGUAGUUCAGCAAUGUCUGGAAUACCACAGGCUGGGCACCCUUGAUGUAGCAUGUGUUGGAGCAAAAUAGAGGCCAUACCAAUAACUUAAUAUAGGUAGAAGAGUUGCAGCAAAAAGGAAACCGCCAUGUUUGAGGUUCAGUGAGCCGUCCUCUUGAGUGCCCCAUAGGGAUGCCCCUAACCAGCAGUAGCAGAAGUGUGAGCUGGCUGCUGCAGUGAAUGGGGGGGAGGGAGAUCUCUUUCAUACACCUGCUUGCAAGUAGUUUUCUGGUCCUGCUUCCUUCUCCGUGGAUGUAUGUCUGCUGUAAGGAAGCCUUGCCAAUGGGGCUAAGCCACAAUGUAUAGGAGACAGGAGAGGCUGAUCACAGGAGUCUUCCUGACCAACCAGAGACUCCUGUCUGAAGAACAGGAUUGCGAAGCAGGGCUUCCCCCACCCCACCCCCUUGCGCGGUAGAGCCAGAGAGAGGCUACUAGGAGUGUGGUUCUCUCUCGUGCCAAAGCCUACGUUGGCAGGCAUUAUGAUUUCAGAUGCCUGCAAAUGGCAAAUACUGCCUGAACAGAACUUGCGGUUUGUUUAAUCUGACAAAAGCAGUCCUUGAGCUCACAGAGAGAAGUUUGAAUGGUGUUAGAAUAGAGAGUGAAUCUCUUUUAGUGUUCGGUUUGGAAUGUUUAUAAACUUUUUGCUGAUCUUUAUAUGCAACUUUGCAAGUGUGUGUGUGUUCAGUAUACCCGUACUGUGCAGCUAGUGGUGUUAGUAGUCUUUAAACAACACACUUCUCCUGCGGUGAAAGAAGCCAUGGUCCCUUAACAGGGUUAAUGGGGGUUGGGGGGGUGGGGCGGGAAGAGAACAGCCACUUAAAAAAAAAAUUGUCCUAAUUCACUGCUCUUAGAGUAUCCAUGUGUAGAGAAGUCAGGUAAUAUGGAAUUGCACAAGACCGCAGCUUGACAUUAGUUCUGAACUAUUUCUUGGUUUGUAUUUAUUAUGGGGAACGUGGGAACGGAUUUUGCUGGCUGGCAUAGCUCCAUUCAUCCAGAUUUAGCAGCAGAUGUGCAGGACGGCUUUGUGAAGCCUCGCGUGCGUUCUUCUUGUGGCUUCUGAUAAUGCAGUCCAAACAACUGUAAGCCAGUGUAACAUUUGCUCUCAACAGUGAGGCUGGCUGUGUGCAUUAAGUGACAAAGUCGGGGACAAGUAUCAGGGCAAUAUUCUGGACCAUUAAGCCUUGCUACUCGUGCCUCAGGGUGCUUGUUACUUGACACUUAAUCUUUGAAAUGGAGCAUGCUGGCUGAAGCCCCAAAGCAAGCUGCUGGGAAUGGAGAAACUUUAACUAGGCCUUGAGCAAAAUCUCACCCUGCUCCAGAAGGAUGACAUCAACUAAUGUAACAAGACUAUAAGUGUGUUCUGUGUGCUGUAGAGCAGAUGAGAAUGUGGUUAAACCAAGCUUUGGAGCUGAAGGCUGUUCACUUUUUUCUCUAGAGUUGGCUGUUUUUAUAUAAUGUAACCAAUUCAGGAUUGCAGUGAUUACUGAAUUAAAAAAUCCUAGAUUUUGUACAA